AUGAAGAGCUUCAUCGCUUGCUCCUCAAGUUCACGAUGCCUCCUCGCGCCAUGGCACCCGCUGCCAGUGCCUCGAGCAGCGCACCAGCUCCAGAGACUGCCCUGCAGAAGCUCGCCCGCCGCCCCUUCACCGUCUCGCUCCUGUCGCCCUCCCGCUCCUGACAUUGCUCCGCCCGCAGGCCUCAAGCCACCUCGCGGCAUCCUCCUGUACGGCCCUCCCGGCACGGGCAAGACGCUCCUCGCCUUCUCGAUCGCCCGCUCGACCCGAUCGACCCUCCUCACGAUCAACGGGCCGUCGCUCUCGUCGGCGUACCACGGCGAGACCGAGGCGCGCCUGCGCGAGGUCUUUGCCGAGGCCAAGCAGAAGAGCCCGGCCAUCAUUGUCAUCGACGAGGUCGACGCGCUCGCCCCGAACCGGGAGGAAGGCGGUGAGGUCGAGCGCAGGGUCGUCGCGACCCUCUUGACGCUCAUGGACGGGCUCGAGGACAAGGGCGAGGCGCCCAAGGCGAGCGAGGACGGCGAGGGCGCAGAAGAGGACGUCGAGGACGAGGGUGCGGCCAAGGAGGAGCAGGAGAAGCCUCGCGUCGUCGUCAUCGCGGCGACGAACCGGCCCAACGCCAUCGACCCGGCUCUUCGACGACCAGGACGGUUCGACAAGGAGAUCGAGAUCGGCGUGCCCGACGCGACGGCGCGCUUGUCCAUCCUGCGCGUCCUGCUGCACCGCACGCCGCACGACAUCUCGGACGAGACGCUCCAGGCCGUCGCGGCGCGCACACACGGCUUCGUCGGCGCCGACCUGUCGUCGCUCGUGCACUCGGCCGGCCUGUCGGCCAUCAAGCGCUCGUACGCGCUCCUGUCGUCGACGUCGUCCCCGUCGCUCGCGUCGAUGCGGGUCCUGCCCGCCGACCUCGAGUCGGCUCUCCUGUCGACCCGGCCGUCGGCCAUGCGCGAGGUCUUUCUCGAGACGCCCAAGGUCUACUUCAGCGACAUUGGCGGCCAGGAGCACGUCAAGGCCAAGCUGCGCGAGGCCGUCGAGUGGCCGCUCCUCCACCCCGAGGCGUUCAAGCGCCUCGGCGUCAACCCGCCUCGAGGCGUCCUCCUGUACGGCCCGCCCGGCUGCAGCAAGACGCUCAUCGCCAAGGCGCUCGCGACCGAGGGCGGGCUCAACUUUAUCGCCGUCAAGGGCCCCGAGGUCUUCAACAAGUACGUCGGCGAGAGCGAGCGCGCGAUCCGGGAGGUGUUCCGCAAGGCGAGGGCGGCGGCUCCCUCCAUCGUCUUCCUUGACGAGAUUGAUGCGCUCGCGCCGGCGCGAGGCUCGGAUGAGAGCAAUGGCCCGACGGGCGACCGCGUCCUCAUGAGCCUCCUCACCGAGAUGGACGGCAUCGAGGAGCUCAACGGCGUCGUCGUGCUCGCUGCGACCAACCGCCCCGAUGUCAUUGACCCCGCCCUCAUGCGCCCGGGUCGCCUCGACCGCAUCCUCUACGUGUCGCCGCCCGACCUCGACGCGAGGAAGCACAUCUUCCGCGUCAACUUUGCCAAGAUGGCCGUCCACGACGACGUCGACGUCGACGAGCUUGCUGCCCUCACGGACGGCUGCUCCGGCGCCGAGUGUGCGUCCAUCUGCCAGGACGCUGCGCUCACGGCGAUGAACGAGGACAUGAACACGCCGAGUGUCCGCCGCGAGCAUUUUGUCGAGGCGGCCAAGAGCGUGAGGAGGCGCAUCACGCCCGAGGUCAUUCGCGAGUACGAGGAGUGGCGGGAUCACAGCGGCGUGCGGAGCGCGUAGACUUGGCGACGGUGCAACUAGAGCUCGAUAGACACGCUC